UCAGAUUAGGGUUUGUUUUCUAAUUCACUUCCAAUUUCUCUCCUCUUCCCUGCUUCACGCACAGAGCACAGUAGCCGCAACGCCACCGUACAUUACCUGUGCUGCCGCCAACCAUUCUUCCCCAUCUCACUCUGCAGGAAAAGAGACACUUUCUUUAACAAUUUCACACGUUUUCUCUCAACUUCAACAAAAUCAGAAACACGCUUUUCAGUAAUUAUCAUCACAGCAUCAGAAAUUAAGCUUUGGCAGAUUAAUCUGUCUGCAACGUUGAAAAACAAUGAGGAAGCUAAAGUUUCAUGAGAAAAAGCUUUUGAAGAAGGUUAAUUUUUUGGAAUGGAAGAGAGAAGGGGGUCACAGAGAGAACCAGAUUAUGCAGCGUUACCAUCUUACUGGACGUGAUGAUUACAAAAAAUAUUCAGGUUUAUGCCGGAUGGUUCAGAAGUUAGUAAACAUAGUGAAACAGAUGGACCCAAAGGAUCCUUUUCGAAUUGAUAUGACUGAUAAGCUUUUGGAAAAACUUUACAACAUGGGUGUGAUUCCAACCAGGCAAAGCAUCACUCUAUGUGAACGCUUAACUGUGUCAUCCUUCUGUAGGCGUAGGCUCUCAACAGUUUUGGUGCGACUAAAAUUUGCUGAGCACUUGAAAGAAGCUGUCACGUACAUUGAGCAGGGGCACAUACGAGUUGGUCUAGAGGCAGUUACAGACCCAGCUUUCCUUGUAACCAGGAACAUGGAGGAUUUCGUUACGUGGGUAGAUUCAUCCAAGAUAAAGAGAAAGGUGCUUCAGUACAAUGACAAGUUGGAUGACUAUGAUAUAAUGAAUUAAGUGGAGAGCUAAUUGCUUGCUUAUUAUGGUUUAUUAGAAAUCAAAUUCUUAUUGUAGAUGUUGGUGAACUGAGACUGUAAGAUUGUGGAUGAGUUUUUUGUUUUUGUUUUUUUUUUACGGGUGAUUUAGACAGGCUUGUAUUUUAAUAUCAAUUCAAAAAAAUUAUACAGAUUGAGAUGAUGGUGUAAAGAACCUGGAAUUUAGUUAAU